AUGGUUUUCAUUUUGGGUGUCAACUUUUCCGAGCAAAAGCUCGUCAAGCAGAAAGCUCUCGAGUCCUUCUACGCUCUGGGACCGACCACAUCGCAGCGAAUCCUCGCCAAAUACUCGAUCCACCCCUUCGCCAAAGUCGGAUCCCUUGCCCCCAGAACCGUCACGGCCCUCACCGCAGAACUUUCGACGAUGACGAUAGAAAGCGACGCGCGCAAGGUAAUCCAGCAAAAUGUUGCGAGAUUAAAGGACAUGGGAGCCUAUCGAGGAAGACGACACGCCAUGGGUCUGCCCGUAAGAGGACAGCGGACGAGGACCCAAAUUGAGACGGCAAAGAAGUUGAACCGCGCCACCAGAAACAUGUAG